AUGAUCCCAAUUACACCAUUAGGCAUCCAAAAGGAAAUCAUAAUAAGUCUCCCUGACAUUAUAAUUGAUUCUGAACAAAAGACAGUCAUUAAGGAAUUAAUAAAGUUGAUUGAUAAUGACUAUCGACUAAUCGUUCCCAUACUUGAUGCACUAACUCAUUUCACGCUUCAAGAAGAUCUGAUGUGUAGUGUUCAACAAACAGUUUUCGAUCGACUGGAAUCCGCAGAUUUAGAUGAUCUGGCCGUUGUCGUAAAGUUCUUAUUGCAAACGUCCAUUCCAGAUGAUGCAUACAAUGUAGUACAGCAGAUUAGAGAUAAAGUCGAUUUCCAUUCAAUAGGCGAGCUGCAAAGUGAAGCCCUGAAUUCAAAGAAGCAUCAAAAGAGGAAAAAAGAACAAAUUCCGGAGGCUUUGAUACUAGACUCGAUUAAAUUGGGUAUCGACAUCCACAAGUUUGUUAAAGAUGCAUGGUUAAAAGCAAUCAAUGAUGUUAAUACAAAGAUUGUGAGUGGAUUGUUUACACCAGAUCUUUUAGAAAAGACAAUAAGAUAUCACUUUGAAGGCUUACGAGAAUAUUUUAGUGAUAUUCUUUUAUUGUCAGAGUGUCUUCUUCGAUCAAGUCAGCAACAAACCACCGUGUCACGUGCAGCAUGUACUUUGUAUCACAGUGCAUUCAUGGUAUUCGAGCCAUACCAACAGCAAGAAAUUGUAGCAUCAUUAGUAACUCAUAUUGGAUGUGGUUCGCCUAUUGAAAUUGAAUCAGCACUUUCAGUGCUGUCACAUUUAGUUAAGACGGAUAUAAAAAAGAUGAGCCGUUUUGCAAUUUUUGUAAAAGGACUUUUAGAUUACUUGGAUAAUCUUAAUAUAGAUCAGAUUCGAGUCUUGUUCGAUGUGAUUAGCAAAUUAGUUUAUGAGGAUUCAAACUAUGAUGGUUCAAAUGGCGGUUUACUCGCCGAGUUCUCAAUUGUCAUUCAGAAACAGUUGUCUAAUCCUAACGAGAAGUAUAAACAGAUAGGCGUUAUAGGUGCACUUGCUUUAGUGCAAACAUUGGGUUCUACUCAGAAUGCAGAAAAUCCUAAUCACGAAAAAAUGAUAAAUACUGCUAUAGAAAGCUUCUCAAAGAUUGAACGUUAUUGUGCACGAUCAAUGACGUGCCUUGCAUUUGCUUAUGAUGAACUCGCGUGGUUCAUAUCUAACGGAAUUUUGGAACGUAGUUUAGUUGAUUGGAUUUAUGACAAGGUUGAGAACAUGUUUUCAGAUACUUAUAUAAUAGACAACGAUGACUUGGCCAAAUUAAGAGAUGAUCAUUACUAUUUAAAAGAAAUGCCAAUAGAAAUUUGGUUUGAAGCAGAGUGUGAUACUGAUGACUUACCAAAGUUUAACGUUUACCCUAUGUUGUGCGAACCUCAUGUUUCGCAAGAGUUACGUAUGCAACAUCUGUUCAAACGAGAUCAUGUAAUAUGUUGCUGUUCGAUGUUGAGAUUAGUACAAGCUUGUCUAAAAGUAAAAAAGGGAAGCAUGACAGAAAUCGGUGCUUUGUUAAGCACUGGAUUGCUUAUGUACGAAAAAGUUGAUAUUGAUCGUAUGAAGUCGGACGAUUACUCUAAAUUAAUGCGUGAGACAGCCUGCGAUGCAUUAUUUUAUUCUAUAAAUUGGUGUCGGGAACUCGUUAACGACUUCUGGGGCACGGAUGUAGACAAUCAUAGGAAUGUCGUUGCGAAAUUGCGACAUGUUAUCGAGCUUGAAAAAUUAUUAAACGAUUUAUUGGAAAUAACGCCCUCUUUUCAACCUUUCGGAUUCGUAACUCAUACACCAACUAAAAACGCAAAAUCUAGUGCUGUAUCUGUUGUGGUUGGAUCAGUGCCAAGAAAUUUUGUCAAAACUGGAUCAACAGUUCGACGUUCUGGCAUUAGUAAAAGUAAGAUUGUAAGCACACGUAGGCCUGAAGUAGAAAAAGAUGAGGAGCAAGGCAAGGGCACUAGUGAUUCUAGUAAUUGUACACCUAAAUUUGCUUCAGUUUCCGACUUAAGGCCACUAAUGCGUGAGCUGGCUUUGCCAGUGUUUGACAUGCUUAAAAAUGGAAAUUUCAAAAAAUCUACGAAUGAUGACGAAUCUACUAAAAUGUCUGAUGAUGCAGAUGAAAGUCAAUUGCGACCUGCAGAGAUAGUUUACCUUCUUGAAGAUCUUAAGAACAAGCUUGAUUUUAAACUUUCGCCACCGGCGUCGAAUGUUCCUUUUUUUGCAAAGAAAACGAAAAAAACGGAACCUGGAAACAAUUCUGAUGAGUUUGCCUUGAUUGCUCGUCUGGCUUCUUUAGACGUUGUUAAGCAAGUCUCUCUUAAAUUUGUUCCGCAUUUAUUGCGACACUUGGACUCAAUAUGUGAAGAAUUAAACUCUACAGAUGAUUAUAUAAUCGAAGAUGAUGUAGAAGAAGCAUUACAGCGUUGCCUACAAUUAAUACUUGAGAUUAUUCAUAGAUUACUUUGUUGGAGCGAAUUGAAAAGCAUAGAUAAUAAAGAGACGUUGGUUACUGUGUUAAAACAGUUAUGUCCAAAGGCAUUAUCUUCAGCUUCUAGACUUACAUUAGUACAUUCUGAGCUUCUUCAACAAUCUGCCAAUGAAGCAUUUCAAUACUUACAUGGCUUUGUAUCAAGGCUUCCAACUGCAAAUUUAGCCAUAUUGUUGCACAAGAUUCUUAAAAUAAUAGCUGAAUUCGCUCCGAAUUCGAGCGAACUUUUUGCAAAAUCCGGAGAGGUAGCGCGAAAUUUUACAUCACGUACAUGGGAUGAUAUUAAUAAAUUGGAUUCUGAAUCCAUUAUAUAUUUAUUGCGAAAUGAUAUUAGACAUUCGUCAAACCCAAUAGAUAGAAUAAAAUUUUAUGCAAGUGAUGUUCUUCCUUCUCUAGAUUCACGGGAUGAUAACAUUACAGAGUCAUAUCCAUUACUUAAUAGAAAUACGUUCCCACAUUUUUACAAAGCAUUGUUUAUAGAGCUUAUUGAAGUGCUUCAAGAAUUUAGGUCAGGGAAUUUUAACACUGUAGAUGAAACUUUGGCACACAUUUCCAAUACGGUUGAAUGUUUGCAGAAGUUGGUUUCAUUUAUAAGGAUCAAUCAUAAGCGUACUGUUUUAUCAGUAACAUUAAAAUAUGGCCGUAGCUUUAUUGAUACUUUUAUUAAGCAAAUGUUACCAUUGAUGGAUCAACAUUUCAAUUCAUAUCGUGAUGAGGUCUUAAACAUAUUUAAGACAUUCCAAAUGUCUACACGGAAUCUCCAAGCACUUUGCAAUCAUGUAAAGGUUAACAAAGAAUCUCAGUUGUCAGCGAUGGUACCACUUGUAAAAAAGUCAUUAGAGAUUGUAAUUUUCCAAGUUAAAGCUUUAAUUCAGCAUAACGGGCUGCCACUAUCAACAUUCUUUUUAGGAGAACUUAAACAUCGUGACAUUGAUGGACGUGAAGUCGACUCUGAUGAUCAAAGGGAUGAUAGAUCACAAAGAGAUGACAUAAAUUCC